UUAAACCCCUGAAAAGAGGGUACCAUUUUUUUUAUCAGGGUUUUUUUUUUUCAUUUUUUUUCUGUUCUCACUGCAACAAACACUGUCCAAGACAAGACUCACCAAGCACAUGGAAAAUGGCACCCUUAAUGGCAGGUUUUUCACAGAGCUGAGGUAGGUAAACUGCAACUUAGACAUCUAUGAAAGGCUGUUUCUUUUUCAAUAUUCUUUCUCUUCUUUCUUGCCAAUGCAAAAGAUAAGAGGUGGAGUUUCUGGUAACAGUAAAAUAUUGUCCUUUUAACCAGUUUGGUUUUACAAAUCUGAGUCAAAAUAAAAGUAGAUUCUUUCUGCAUAUUAUUUGACUAAACUGUGUGUUUGGGUUUCUUGUGGGAGUGCAAGAAGUAAAAGUGACUAUUUGCUUGUUUACCACAUUACAUGAGUUGGGGUUUGAUUCUUUGGUGUCAAAGGAAGCAAGGAUAAAUUGUUUCUUGAGGGUUACACAACACUUAAACACAUAUUGAUAACUGAGUGUUUGUCGCAAUUCAGCAGAGAAAAGUGGUGGUGAAUUUAGUAUGCCAAUAUCCUAAAAUGUCUUUGGUUCAAUCUCAAGUCAGACUGAGAAAUGGUUUUCUCACCAGCCCUCCUCUUUCUCAUCUACUUUCACCUUCUUCUUCUCCUUCAUUGCCGUAUAAUACUGAUUACCAGAAACAACCAAGCCCAUCAUCAUCAUCUGGAAGUAAAAUAAGCCCAGCAAUCCUUUUUAUCAUAAUUAUUCUAGCUGUCAUCUUUUUCAUAUCUGGUCUACUUCACUUGCUUAUUAGAUUUCUCACAAAGCAUAGAUCUUCAUCAUCAAACAGUGAAUCAAACAGACACCCAGAAAUUUCUGAGUCUGAUUCUUUUCAGAGACAAUUGCAACAACUCUUUCAACUUCAUGAUUCUGGCCUAGAUCAAGCUUUCAUAGAUGCUCUCCCAGUUUUCCUCUAUAAAGAAAUAAUGGGUCUGAAAGAGCCAUUUGAUUGUGCAGUUUGUCUUUGUGAGUUUACAGAACAAGACAAGUUGAGGUUGCUUCCAAUGUGUAGCCAUGCUUUUCAUAUUGAUUGUAUAGACACAUGGUUACUAUCUAAUUCAACUUGCCCUCUUUGUAGAGGGAACCUUUACACACCUGGGCUUGCUGGGCUUUCCAUUGAAAACCCAGUUUUUUGUUUUGAGGACCCAAGGGAAGAAGAUGAAUUUUCAAGCAAUGGGGCCAGUGGGUUCGUUUCUGGUCAAAAGCCUGCAGAAAAUGCCAUUAUUAGUGAAAAGAGGGUAUUUUCGGUGAGACUUGGCAAAUUUAGAAGCUCAAAUGAUGAAGGAGUAGGAGUUGUAGUAGAGAGAGGAAUGGGAGAGACCAGUAGUAGUAGUUUGGAUGCAAGAAGAUGUUACUCAUUGGGAUCAUAUCAAUAUGUGGUUGCUGAUUCAGAGCUGCAAGUUGCUCUAUGUCCCAAUAGAGUUGGUGGUAGCAUGAGAAUUGUGAAAGGGAGAGGUGAACAAAAUGGGACUCCCACAAUUGAUGGGGAUGGUGAGGGGAAGAAGAUUAACAUUGGAAGUAAAGGUGAUAGUUUUUCUGUUUCUAAGAUCUGGCAAUGGUCCAAGAAGAGUAAAUUCACAAGUUCUGCAGAAACACAUAUGGGUGGUACUGGUACAUCUUCUCUUACUGUGGGUUUGCCAUGGUCUGAUAGACCACAGGGUUCAUCAUGAAGUUUCUAUUCAGAUAUUUUGUAUGCGAAGAUAUUGGACGUAACAAACUAUAAUUGAGCUGAACGAUCCCAUGUACCUAUCCUCAUUCAAUUUAGGAGAUACUAUUUGAUCAAUUUAUUAUUUUAUUUUGUGUUGUAUUAAGUAGAAU